AAUGUGAAGUACAGGGCACGAGCAUGUGUUUGUGAUCGCGCACGUAGGGCCGGUAUUUUAAUCGGGAGCGGGUACGUGCGCGUACACGUCUAUUUCGUUGUGUGGCGGCGUAGAGAAGCGCAAAUAGAGUAACCAUGGCUGACGAGAAACCCAAGGAGGGAGUGAAAACAGAAAACAAUGACCACAUAAACCUGAAGGUGGCGGGACAGGAUGGGUCGGUGGUGCAGUUCAAGAUCAAGAGACACACGCCGCUCAGCAAACUCAUGAAGGCGUACUGUGAGAGACAGGGGUUGACAAUUAGGCAAAUCCGGUUCCGGUUCGAUGGACAGCCUAUAAACGAGACAGACACACCUGCACAGUUGGAAAUGGAGGAUGAAGAUACGAUCGACGUUUUCCAGCAACAGACAGGAGGCCUCUACUAGCAUGUCAAGUACUCCCCCACAUCUUCCUCCACCCCCCAGACGGCUGCUUUGCAGCUUGUCCCAUUUUCCACCACAGAACCAAUACCAUGUGGAAGACUUCCUGCUCACAGUUAUACAUAACUGUUGAUGUAUAGUGUUUUCAUUCUUGCCUUUGUUUCCUUCCUGUUUUGUACAUAAACAACCUCCUCUAAAACAACUCAGAUUUGAGUAACAUUCAUACAAGGUGUGCUGCGAAUAAACGCAACAAGAUCCAGCUCUUAAAAAGUCCAUUGUUUUGGUGACUUGUUGGUUCACUUAUUCAGAGAUCAAGAAAAGCUAUUUUCCACCCAUUCACUGUUUGAGAGUAAGACUGGUUUGUUAUUCAACUUAAUUUUCUGUUGUCGAUUUCAGAAAAUUGGUUUUAUAUCUUUUUUAUAAUAGUAGUGGUUGUGUAGAAUGAAACACGUCUUGAACAUAGUUUGACUAGGCCAUGCUUGUAAUAAGGAAACCCUGAAGAGAUGUUUUAGUCCAGGUAAACAUCUGUAUUGUCUCAUAAAUGUCUUGUUAAAAUAAAGUUAUUCUCUCUUUUUAACCAAACUCAA